AUGCAAAUCCCACAGACUCAGACUGUAGCUCUUGUCUCCGAACUCGGAGGCAAGGUGCAAUUUGACGAUAACUAUCCUGUCCCUGUCCCGGGCCAAAAUGAGGUGCUGGCAAAGGUCCUCUACACCGGUGUUUGUCAGAGUGAUCUCCACACCAAGAAUGGAACUGCAGCCGGUGCCGACGGAAAUCCCAUCACGAACAUCAAGCGUCCUCACGUUGGUGGACACGAAGGAGUCGGUCGGAUUGUGGCACUGGGUCCUGGUUGCGGACCUGACUUGAACGUUGGAGGUCUGGUGGGCAUUCGUUUCGCCAGUCGUAUCUGCAGACGAUGCGAGUUCUGCCUCGCUGGGACAGAACAGUAUUGCAUCAAAAGCACCAACCAUCUGCACCACGAGGAUGGCAGCUUCCAAAUGUACAUUGCCCUCGACGCGGACUAUCUGACAAUCCUGCCGGACGACAUCGAUCCAAAAGUCAUUGGCCCGGUCUUAUGCGCUGGGGUGACGGCUUACAAGGCCGUUCUCAACGCCAACAUCAGGGCGGGAAACUGGCUCGUUGUAGUGGGUGCUGGAGGCGGCCUCGGACACCUCGCGGGUGAGAUUGUUCUCUCGUCAAACCACAAGACGGCCAGCUGA